UGGAAAUCUGAGAAAUGAACAAAUUACGGCAAAGCUUUAGGAGAAAGAAAGAUGUCUAUGUCCCAGAGGCCAGCAGGCCUCAUCAGUGGCAGACUGAUGAAGAAGGUGUUCGUACUGGCAAGUGUAGCUUUCCUGUUAAGUACUUGGGACAUGUUGAAGUGGAUGAAUCCAGAGGAAUGCAUAUCUGUGAAGAGGCUGUGAAGAGACUGAAAUCUGAAAGGAAGUUCUUCAAAGGCUUCUUUGGAAAAACUGGAAAGAAGGCGGUUAAAGCAGUGCUGUGGGUUUCGGCGGAUGGACUCCGAGUGGUAGAUGAGAAAACAAAGGACCUUAUAGUUGAUCAGACAAUAGAGAAGGUUUCUUUCUGUGCACCAGACAGAAACUUCGACAGGGCCUUCUCCUAUAUCUGCCGAGAUGGCACCACGAGGCGCUGGAUCUGCCACUGCUUCAUGGCCGUGAAGGACACGGGCGAGCGGCUGAGCCACGCCGUGGGCUGCGCCUUCGCGGCGUGCCUGGAGCGGAAGCAGAAGCGCGAGAAGGAGUGUGGGGUGACGGCCACCUUCGAUGCCAGCAGGACCACGUUCACGCGAGAGGGGUCCUUCCGCGUCACCACCGCCACCGAGCAGGCCGAGAGGGAGGAAAUCCUGAGGCAGCUGCCAGACGCUAAAGCUGAGCCAGAAGUGAAGGCAGCAGCCCUGAGCGCUGCCCCCGCCACCACGGCCCCCUCUCCCGGCUCGCCGAGCUCCCCGCCGGCCGACGCGGCCGCCGCGCUGGAGAAGGAGGCGAGCAACCCGCACGCCAUCCCGCGGCGGCACGCGCCCAUCGAGCAGCUCGCCAGGCAGGGCUCCUUCCGCGGCUUCCCGGCCCUCAGCCAGAAGAUGUCUCCUUUCAAGCGCCAGCUGUCGCUGCGGAUAAACGAGCUGCCUUCCACGGUGCAAAGGAAGACCGACUUCCCCAUGAAGAACUCGGUCCCCGAGGUAGAGGGGGAAGGCGACAGCAUUAGCUCCCUUUGCUCUCAGAUCACCAGCGCUUUCAGCACGCCCGCCGAAGACCCCUUCUCUUCAGCCCCCAUGACAAAGCCACUCACAGCAGUUGCCCCGCAGUCUCCGGCCUUCCAAGUUAAUGGCACUGCCUCUGCCUUCUGUGUGCUUGCUGCUAAACCAUCCCAAGCUGCUGUAGUGCCCACGGUUAUGCCGGUUCGGGAAACCAAUCCUUGGGCUCAUGCUCCUGCCGCUAGUCCUGGAGCUGCGGCUUUGGCCUCGGGUAAGAUGGGAUGUAGACGCUACCCCUUUGAGGCGCAGUGGGCAGCGCUGGAGAGCAGGGCCAAGCAGCGCACUAACCCCUCGCCCACCAACCCCUUCUCCAGCGACCUACAGAAAACAUUUGAGAUCGAACUUUAA